AGGACGCCGAUGAUGCCAGCAUUCCCAUCUCCCACAUUGAUGAUGUUCUCGACAUGGUGGAUGUGCUGGUGGAGGGCAGCGAAGGCUUGGAUGAGGAGAUUGGCUUCGUACUGAAUGAAGACAUGAUCCUUCUCACGUUCCCGUUCAGUGCCGUGGUCCCCGCCGCCCUGGAGGCCAGGAAUAAGCUGCUCCUUGGAACAGAAAGCGAAGCAGGAGAGAGCAUCAUGGCAUAUCUGACCAGGGUUCUCACAGACCUGCUCCACACCCAGAGAGACCCGCUGGCCCUGUGUCUUCUGCUUCAGUCUUACGACCAGUUGGAGCCUCCGAGCCUGCCUUGCCGCCGCCAGCUGUCCCAGUUCAACAGAUACUACAGCCUCUGGAUCCCGGAGCCAGCCCGCAAGGCCCCGGUGAGCCGCGGCGACCCUGUGGAAACCAGGCCUUCCUUUCCCUGGGAAACCCCAGAGGCCCCUGCCCAUGGGCCGCAGCAGCCUGUACCGCAGCUGUGUAGCUCACGGGGUGAACUUUCUUCACCUUCUCAUUUUCCUUGGUUGGAAGAGGAAGCACAGUGGUGGUCAGCUGACGUGUCGAGAUUCAGAGGGGCUCAGUG